GCCCGGUCAAGCCACAGGAUUACUCUGUCGUUGCAUGUAUCUUCCCUCGAAUUGCAUCGUUGUACUCUGGAAAGAGGUGGGUACCGCAAGGAAAGGGGCUGACCCUCGAAGUGAAGCCGGUAAGUACAGAGCGCUGCUAUACUGGCGCUACACCUGAAGUAGCCGUGGAUGUGAUAGGGGAACCGGCGACAGCGCUUACCAAAAACCUAACUCCUUGCAAUGAGUUCGAAUCCGCGUCCUUGUGGAAUGAGGCCUUUCGGUGGAUUGAGGAAUGUCGCCAGAAUCACGAACGCCGCAACUCGAACUCGAACAACGUCAACAUUUCGGAAGGACACCCGUACAGAAUCUUGGAUCUUUCCUCCACGCAACAGGGCUACAUACGUCUAAUCGAGAUGAAGAGUCCCUACCCCUGCUACAUGGCCUUGACUUACUUGCUGGGGAGGCCCCGCUGGAUUAUGGCCUUUCCACCUGUAAACUCGAUGCGUACCAUCGAAAGAUUUCUGUAAACUGCCUAGGGAGGAUCAUCCAAGAUGCAGUGACCGCCUGUCUCCGACUCGGGUAUCAUUUCCUGUGGGUGGACUCUCUGUGCAUUGUCCAGGAUUCCGAUGAGGACCGAGCGAACGAGCUGGGGAGGAUGACCACCAUUUAUGCUAACGCGGAUGUCACGACUUCAUCGGCACUAGCUCCGUCAUACGAUACCGGAUCCUUGAAAGCACCUCCACCAGUUCAUGCUUCCCGUCCAUUCUUGCUGCCGUCCAGACUCCCCGACGGGCAGACUGGAAAGAUUUGCGUGUAUGAACAGUCGUCUGGCAUGUUUGGCACCAACUGGCCGCCUGCCGGACAGAGACCGUCCGAGAGCGAGCGUGGACCAUGCAGGAGCACUUCAUGUCCCGACGACUACUUGUCUUCCAGCAGCACAUGCUGUGGGUAUGCCAUGAAUCUUUCGGCCAUCACGGAGGCUGGCUCACAGAGAAAUCAUACUUCCGUCACGCGGGGCCGGCCGUCCCCGAAUGCUACGGGUAAUCAGACCUAUUGGCGUACUCGGGGAUCGAAGCCACCUAUGCAGAAUGACAUGCGAUUAUCAGGUUCAGAACCUUUCGCUCAUGCGCCGACAAAGCCGCUGAACUAA